AUUGCCUCAUUCUAGUUGUUGUUGUCAGGCGCAAAAUUUCUGUCUCAAUCGAUUUUUUAUUAUAUAUUUAAGGAAAAUAGCAUUUAAAGGCAUAGGCAAAAAACAGUGAAUAUGGACAGUUUGCUAGAUGAGGAAUUGGAGUCGCUAGAGGCGAUUCUCAUGGACGAUGUGCGCAUUGUGCGAGGUGCCAGUGGCGCUGUGGACGCGAUCGAGACAACGGUGCUACCACUCACGGGCGAGGAGGAUGAGCAGCAAUAUAUUUGUGUGACGCUCCAGGUGCGGCCCCCAGCUGGCUAUCCGGAUGUGAGUCCUGAGUUUAAGCUGCUGCGUCCCCGUGGAUUGGACGAUGCUCGGCUAGAGGCCAUACGCAGUGCGUGUGAUGCAAAGAUCAAGGAGUCCCUCGGUCAGCCCGUUGUGUUCGAUCUGAUUGAUGUGGUGCGCGAGCACUUGACCGGCAGCAAUUUGCCCAGUGGUCAGUGCGUCAUCUGCCUGUAUGGCUUCAGCGAGGGCGACGAGUUCACACGCACCGAGUGCUUCCAUUACCUACACAGCUAUUGCUUGGCCCGGCAUUUGAAUGCGAUGCGCCGCACCUACCAGGAGGAGUUCGAUAAGCUGCCCGCUUGGCAGCAAAAGACUGCCGAUCCCUUUCAGGCUCUGUGUCCCGUCUGUCGCGAGCACAUACGCGACGAAUCAGAUAGCUUGAAGUGCGCGAUGCCGCCUUCUGAGCUGGAAAAUGCUCCCGAUUUCGAAGUCACUCAAGAACUGCGGCAAAUGCAGCAGCACAUGUCGCAGCUCUAUCUGCAGCAGAAGAGCCGCGGCGCCAUAAUCGACGUCGAGGCUGAGGCUGGCAAUGUCAUAGCCAUCGAAACGGAGGAGGAUGUGCGUCGGCGUCGACGUCGCGAAGAGGCCGAAGCAGCAAAGAAGCUGGCCGGCACAUCAGACCCGGCAAACGGCGCAGGAGCGCAGGCCAAGCCCGUGGUUAGCAGCUUUGCUCCUGUAGUGCAGGACACACAGCGCGUGCUGCCGGAGCCGACAAACAACAACUAUCAGCAUCACAAUCGUCGACAUUAUCGCGGCGGUCGGCGGCAUCAUCAUCACAAUCAUCAUCACCACCAUCAUCAUCGAGGCGAGGCAGCUCAGGGCUCUGGCACAGCAGCUGGCGGAACUGGAGGAGGUGGAAGUGGUGGACCUGCUGCUCCUGGCGGAGCUGGCAGCGGCGCCAGCUCUGCAGGCGGCAAACAGCCAAAGGCACAAACUGCCGGCAGCGGCCAUGCCAGGUGACAGUGGCGCAGCACCUGGAUGCUGCAUCUAAGGAUUCCAAACGAAACUAAGGACGCAGCCCUGAUGCUAACAAUGCCAGUGCCACGGCUGUUGCCCCUGCUGCCGCUUACCCUUCUGCCGCCCUGCUGCUAAUAUACAACAACAACAUGCAUAACAUUUCGCCCCAUACUUCAAGUCCCGCUCCUAAGCUUUAGUCCAUCAAUUUUAAUGUUUGAUUUUUGUAUUAUCUUGGUUUUCUGUGCAACACUCGAUUUCUGUGAAAGAUUGAGCCAGACCUUUGGCUCAACUCCUGAUUGAUUACUUUAUUGAUUGAUUGUCUGAGCCAGAGUCAGCUCCUGAUUGAUUGAUCAAUUGAAUUAUGUUUAGUUUAGCUGUAUGGCAAGCGUGGUUUAGCGAAUUUCAAUUGAUCUACGAAUCUAUAUGUAUAUUUAUGUAUUUAGUUUUAUCUUAGAUAUGUAUAUCUAUAUUUGUACUUGUAAUGGCUUACAAAAGACUUGCUGCAAUUAUUAUUGCUAGCGAUAUUAUUAGGGGGUUCUGUUGUAAUGGGUGAUAAUUAUUAGCAGCACCGACUGGCAGCGCUGGCGUUGACGUACACUCACACACACACAUAGAUACAAACACACACACAUAGAAAAACUUACACACACACUUUGAUAUUUACUACAACGCAUAAACUGCAAUUCGCACUUGAAACUUAAGCAUAAAUGUUAAACUCGUAACUCUUCCCCCAUCUUUCAUUAUUUCCUGAGGCAGCAAUCAGCACAAAAGACA